ACACAAACAUGUGAACCCAACCACUCCCUAAUAAUUUUUUUAAUGACAGCUUGUUUUUUAGACAUUCAAUGAGAGCUAAAAGAGUGAUAAUCAAGUUGUCGUCAAUUGAAAACAAUUUUAAUUGAAUCCGAAAGUAAUAAAAUACUGGUUUAAUUUACCGACAGAGAGAUAAAAAAAAUCUUAACAAAAAUAAAAACAAUGGUUUAGUUUUACCUCAAAAUAAAUAUCCGCUUUUUUAAGCAAUGGUUAAGCGAGAAGAGUCGCCCCCGACUUUUAUCAUUAAGCCUAAGAUCCAGGAGGAGGACGACGGCAAUCGGCUUGUGUUUGAGUGUCAACUGAUCUCAAAUCCUCGACCAGAGAUACAAUGGUUACAAAAUGAGUUUCCAGUUAUUGAAGACUAUCGGGUCUUCAGUAAAAUCAAAGAGUUUGAACCAAACAAAUACAUUGUUCAGUUGGAGGUCAAUGAUGUUGUUGAGACAGACGCCGGCACUUACAAAGUGGUGGCCAAAAACAAAAGUGGAGAAGUGUUUGCCACAAUAAAUCUUAAUUUUACGCCCGCUAACGAACCACACGAAACACAAGUGGAUGGCAUCGCACCGACAUUUGAGAAAAAGCCGUCCAUCAGACAGGAAGAUGACGGUCGGCUUCUCUAUUUCGAGUGCUUUAUUAUUGCCGAACCCAAGCCUGAAGUCACGUGGACUCAUAACGGCUCACACAUCGUACAAAAGGGCAGAUUCAAGACCACACUCGAGAAGAAGGGUAAAGGUUAUCACUCUGUUAUGCAAAUAAAUGAAGUCAAUGUUGAAGACGCCGGCAAAUAUAAAGUGAUAGCCAAAAAUGAACUGGGUGAAAGUAAUGCUGCCAUCACACUCAAUUUUGACGAUGACGAGGCCCCGCCCCCAAUAGACGGCGCCAAACCUACAUUUACCGAAAAGCCUGUGAUAAAAAAAUCGGACGAUUGCUCACGAAUUACGUUUGAGUGCCGAUUAGUGGCCGACCCGAACCCAACCAUACAAUGGUAUCUCAAUAAUAAAAUAGUAAAAGAGGAUUCCAGACAUAAGUUUAGUCUAUUAUCUGACAAACACAACCAAUUGGCCUCAUUGUCCAUCACUGAUGUGGCCAAUGGUGACGGCGGUAUCUAUAAGGUUGUUGCUAUCAAUAAACACGGCGAAGGCUACGCUACUAUUAAUUUGAAUAUAGAUGAGGGAAAACUAGACGUUCCCGACGGCAAAGCGCCUCGUUUUCCCAAAAAGCCUACAAUUCGUCAAAAGGGAACAACACUUAUAUUGGAAUGCCUUCUUGAGUCCAACCCUUUCCCAGAGAUAACUUGGUAUUACGGAACCAGAAUAAUAACCAGUACUUCGCGAUAUAGUAUUAAAAAGAUGAACUCUGGAAAAGACACUUAUAUAUUGUCAUUAGAGAUCUCAGACCCGACCAUCGAUGACGGCGGUAAUUAUCGAUGCAAUGCUGUCAACCAAUUGGGAGAAUCCAAUGCCAACAUUGCGCUCAACUUUCAAAGUAAUAAUAUGGAAGAAGAAGAAGAGGAAGAAGAACUUCACUCAAAGACAAAACGAACCAAAAAAGAAAAGACGACUUUUGAAGAAACAAAUGAAACUCGAGUCGAACAAACAGAAGUCGAAGAAACAAAAACUAAAAAGGAUUCGCUUAUGAAAAAUGCAGAAAACAAAGAAUCGAUGGCAAUAAAGAAGACUAGAGAAGAAAUGGCUGAAGAAAAAUCAGUUAUCAUUGAAAGCUCUAAAGAAAUGGAUGAAAAGAUUGCCAUUAAAGAAGAAAGUAUUAAAAAAUCAGUUGACAUUAAGAAAAGCGCUGAAGAAAUGAACAAAGAAUCAGUUGCCGUUAAAAAGUCAACUAAAGAGGAGGAAUCCAUUGCUGUUAAAAACAUUGUCGAAGACAAACAAAAACAAUCGAUUAUUAAAAAAGAUGUGACAGAAGAAAAAAGAAAGGAUUCUAUUGUUAUUGAAGAACCAAAGAAAAAGUUAUCACUGAAGAAAUCUCGCGAAAAAACUCCACAACCGACUGAUACCGGAGCGAAACAGACCACUAAAGAGGUCAAAGAAAAUGAAAUGGAAAUCAAAAAGACGACUAUAAUUGAUGACAAAAGAAAGGAUUCCAUUACUAUAGAAGAACCUAAAAAACGGCUAUCAAUUAAAAAAUCUCGAGAAAACACACCGACUCCAGCAGAUAAUGGGGUCAAACAAAUACAAAAAGAUGAUCAAAGAAAGGACUCAAUUACUGUUGAAGAACCGAAAAAACGACUUUCAAUUAAGAAAUCACGUGAAAACACGCCGACGCCGACAGAUAAUGGAGUCAAACAAUUACAAAAAGAUGAACAAAGAAAGGAUUCGCUAACCAUUGAAGAACCCAAAAGACGACUUUCAAUUAAAAAACGCGAAAAGACGCCAACUAUUGAGGAACCACCACCUGAUGCGGCGAGAAAACCAUCGAUAGUGGGCAUCAAAGAGAAACCAAAAGAAUCGGUUACUAAAAAUGAAACAAACGAAGAGAAGAGGAAGGACUCACUUGUUAUCGAAGAACCGAAGAAAAAAUUAUCGAUAAAAAAAUCGGUUAAACGCGAGAGUAUUCCUAAAGUUGAGGAACCGCCGGCUGUUACGGGCGCGACACAGCCGGCACCGGGUGCUGGUCCUAAAAAAGGUUCGGUUAAUGAAAAUCGGGUGCAAAUUCCUAUAGUUAGAGAACCAUCGCCUGAACGCAAAGAUUCGGUUGAUAGUAGUAGUGAUAGACGCGAUUCACUAGUUAUAGAUACUCCUCCUCCCAGUCUUAGUCCUCGCGGCUCACGACGCGGUUCUAUACUUAUUGUUGCAGAUGAAAAAGGGUUAGCAGUCGACGAGUCGGGUCAGACCAAAAAGCUACGGCCCGGAGAAAUGCUUGAGGUUAGGCGCGGAUCAGCUGUACUCAGGAAAGGUAGUAUUGAUUUGAGACGAUCGUCCGCUACUGAGGUUGAUGUGGCCGACAAACCGUCUUCGGCAUUAAAAACAAGUGGAGACGAAGGACCGCCUGUUAUUACUGACUUUAUUGGUAGUGUUAGCGCAGUCGACGGCAAGACAGCUACACUACAGGCCACUGUCGAGAGUAACCCAGUCUGUAGUUUCAAGUUUUUCAAAGAAGGAACAGAGAUCUUUGAAGGCGGCAGAUAUAAAGUGGUCACCGAUGGAGACACUAAUAAUAUUUACUUUUGCAUUAGAAAAGCCAAACCUAAUGACGAGGGAAAGUAUACCAUCACUGCUAUUAACAAGUUUGGUGAAGACAGUUGUAAUAUCAAACUGUUUGUCAGCGAUGACAGUGGUAUGGACUUCCGAGCCAUGCUUAAGGCCAAACAGUACGCCAAAUGGAAACAAGAACAGGACAAUCCUGAUUGGGGUAAUCUUAAGGCCACUGAAGAUGAAAGAAGAGCUUCACUUAAAGAGACUAAGAAACCCGAUGUCUUCAUUAAACCACUACAAGACCAACACGUGAAAGAAGGCAGAGAUAAAAUGGUUCGCUUUGAGGCCGUGUACUCCAAGUCUGGUAUUAAAGCCAAAUGGUUUAAAGGACGGACUGAGCUAUUUAUGGGCAAAAAGUAUAACAUGAACAGUACCGGUGACCUACAUGUGCUGGAGAUUCGCGAACCGCGUGUGGACGACGCCGGACAGUAUAAAGUGCAAUGUUUGGAAACUUCGUGUACGGCUAUGUUAGAAGUGGACAAACCGGAUCCGGUCUACAAGUUUAUCAAACCGUUACAGAAAAAAUACGAAGAAUUUACGGGACGGGAACUGGUGAUGGAGUGUACGACCAAUCACUAUAAGGCACCCGUCAAAUGGUAUAAAGAUGAAAGUCGACUCGAGUCCAGUGACCGAUACUUAAUUGAGCAGGAUACUUUCGGGAAAAAAAUAUUAAGAAUCACUUCGUGUGCCGUCAAUGACAGCGGACACUAUUCAUGUCGUAUUGAACGCACCGAAGAGAUCACCAAAACAGAGAUCACGUGUACUGACAAACAGUACGUAUUUGUCAAACCAUUGAAAAGUUUGCGGACAACAGAAAACGAAACAAUUACUCUUGAAUGCGAAGUGGACGACAUGUAUGCAAAAGUCCAAUGGUUUAAGGAUGGGGUGGAACUGAAGGCAAUUCCCAAAAAGCUGGAAAUCAUAUCCGAUGGCCGAAAACGUAAGGUUAUCAUCAAAAAGGCUAAAGUGACCGAUGAGGGAGAAUACACCUGUACUACAAAUUCUGAUAAGACUAUCUGUGAAACCAUUGUUGAACCGGCCAACAAAUUCCGUAAGAAAUUACAGGACAAGACUGUUCUCGAAAGAGAAGAUUUGGUUCUCGAAGUGGAAAUGCUUGAGAAGAAGGCACCCAUCAAAUGGUAUAAGAAUGGACAGGAGGUUAAACCCGAUGAUAGAAUUUCCUUCAAAUUCAAUGAAGACGGCAAACAACAGCUCGUCAUCACUAAUGCACAGAUGGAUGAUAUCGGAGAGUAUAGUGUGGUAUCGGAUAAGGGUAUUAAAUGCAGUUGUAAUGUGGAAGUCAAAGAGGCAGAGAAGAAACCGGAGCUACGAUUAACACAAACUGACUAUCAGGCAGACGCUAACCGUCCGUUCAGUAUAGAGAUUCCGUACAAAGUUCAAGGAACCCGUACUUCUAAUGUUUUACCGAAACUGAUGCGUAAUGGAGAGCCUGUCAGUACUAAAGAUGUUGAUAUUGUUAUAAAAGAAGACAAAAUUAUAAUAACAUUUAAGAAACCGACGCGUGAGAGCUCCGGUCCGUAUGAUUUCAGUUUAGGCAACAGUCAGGGCGAGUCUAAGACACCGCUUAAGUUUAACUUUGUGGACGUGCCGUCACCUCCGGAGGGACCGUUGGAUGUGACCGAUGUGUUCCGCGAUCGCUGCAAACUGGCGUGGAAUCCAACCAAAGAUACUGGAGGUCUACCUCUAUUGCAUUAUGUCGUCGAACGACAAGAUUUAUCAAUGAGAGGCGGUUGGGUUGAAGUGGGAACCACUCCCGACUGCAAUAUGGAUGUCACAGAUUUGGCGCAUAAGAAAGAGUAUAAAUUCCGUGUCCGUGCCGUCAACAAGAAGGGUGCGUCCGAACCAUUGACUGCACCGAAAACUUAUUUGGCAAAAGAUCCGUACGACGAACCAUCCAAACCUAAAGACGUGGAGAUUGUCGACUGGGAUAGAGAUCACGUGGACCUCAAAUGGAAAGCACCCGAAAAAGAUGGCGGAGCACCCAUUGAAAAAUAUAUUGUUGAAUCAAAAGAUAAAUUCUCAGCCGAUUGGGUCACAGCACUGGAAGUGUCAGGCAAUCAAUUAGAAGGAAAAGUAGUUCCGCCGGCUAUUAAAGAAGGCCAACAAUACCAGUUCCGAGUUCGGGCCAUCAAUAAGGCCGGUCCUUCCGAACCCAGCGAUCCGACUAAAAACUUGAUAGUAAAGGCACGGUUUGUCAAACCUUUUAUUAUUGGUGACGAUCUCAAGAAUUUGGUGGUCAAGAAGGGCGCUAUUAUUAAGUAUGAUAUUCAGUACGGCGGAGAACCGGCACCUGAGGUCAAGUGGGCUAUCAAUGGCGUGGAUAUCAAGCAAUCGAGUCGUAUAUCAAUUGAAAACACACCUAAAAAUACAUUAUUACUGAUAAAACAAGCCGUGAGAGCAGAUUCCGGCAAAUUUACAUUGACUUUGACUAACGGUUCCGGCACUAUAUCCAAAUGUGCUGAUGUAGUAGUUCUCGAUAAGCCUACACCUCCUGAGGGCCCACUUGUUGUUGAAGAGGUAUUCGCUGAGUCGGCUAAACUCAAAUGGAAACAACCAAAAGAUUUGGGCGGAUCUGAACUCAAGGGAUACCAAAUCGAGAAAAUGGAUGUCGACAGCGGUCGGUGGGUACCGGUUGGUGAAGUCGGACCCAAUGCCAACAGUUUUAAAUGUGAAGGUCUAACCAAAGGCAAGAAAUAUAAAUUUAGAGUUAAAGCCAUCAAUAAAGAGGGAGAGUCUGAACCGCUAGAAACAGACGAACCCAUUGUGGCGAAGAAUCCAUACGAAGAACCAUCGAAACCAGGAAAACCAGAAGUUGUUGACUACGAUAAUACAAAAGUUGACCUCAAAUGGACAGCGCCUGAAAAAGACGGCGGAAGACCUGUUGAGUGUUAUAUCGUUGAAAUGAAAGACAAGUUUAGCAACGACUGGAAAGAAGUGCUUCGAACACCUGAUGCCAAACCAGAAGUCUCUGUUAAGGGACUCAAAGAGAACUCAUCCGUUCAGUUCAGGGUUAAGGCCGUCAAUAUUGCCGGUCCGGGAGAGCCCAGUGAAGCCACUGAACCACAUGUUGUAAAACACAGAAACCAAAAGCCAUAUAUUGAUAGAACUAAUCUGAAGAAUAUAACCAUCAAAGCGGGUCGUUCUCACAAAUAUGAUGUCGACAUUAGAGGUGAACCGCCGCCGACUGUUGUCUGGACUUUCAGUGACGACGGCAUCAAACUAUCGGACGAUUUGAACAUUAAGAUCGAGAACAUUGACUAUCACUCGGAACUGACUGUAUCUAAAGCCACACGAAAGCAGUCGGGAAAGUAUAAGAUUACGGCCACCAAUAGAAACGGUAGCGAUUCGGUUGAAGUCGAACUCACAGUAUUGGCCGCUCCUUCCAGACCUGAAGGACCUCUUGAGGUGACUGAUGUUCACAAAGAAGGCUGUAAACUGAAGUGGAAGAAACCUAAAGAUGACGGCGGAUGUCCAGUAAAGACAUACGAAGUGGAAAAGUUCGACAAAGAAACCGGUCGUUGGACUCGAUGUGGAAAAACAGAUAAACCAGAGAUCGAUGUGACGGGUCUGACGCCGGGCAAAGAAUACCUGUUCCGAGUGACCGCUGUUAACGAAGAGGGAGACUCUGAACCAUUGAUUACAUUGGAAUCAAUUAUAGCCAAAAAUCCUUACGACGAACCAACCAAACCGGGAACUCCUGAGAUCGUCGACUACGACAAUACAAGUGUUGAACUUAAAUGGUCACCGCCUAAGAGUGACGGCGGAGCCAACAUUGAGAAGUAUAUCAUCGAAAAGAAAGACAAAAAUGCACACAAUUGGGAAAAAGCGGCCGAAGUUAUCGGCAAUGUAUGCGAAGCUAAGGUAGAAGACCUUAAAGAGCGAUCGGAAGUUCAGUUCCGAGUGGUGGCCAUAAACAAAGCCGGACCGAGUGAACCAAGCGAUGCAACUAAAAUGCAUUGCGUUAAACAUAGACGUCUUAAACCAUAUAUUGAUCGAACAAAUCUUGAGAUGAUUACUAUAAAACGGGGUAAACAAGUGAAACUCGAUGUCAACGUUAGGGGCGAACCGCCGCCGGCUAUCACUUGGAAACUCAUCGACAAUGAAGUCAAAAGUGACGACAAUUAUGACAUCGUUAACGUUGAUUACAAUACAAAGUUUACGCUCAAUGAUUGUCAGCGCAAACACAGCGGAAAAUAUAAGAUAAUAGCUGUGAAUGAGGUCGGAAAAGAUGAGGCAGAGGUCGAAAUAUGUGUGUUAAGUGCACCGACAAGACCUAAAGGACCGCUUAAAGUCGAUAACGUGACCGCAAAAGGUUGUGAUCUUCAUUGGCAAAAACCAGAGGAUGACGGCGGACGACCCAUUCAGGGAUAUGUCAUCGAAAAGUUGGAUCCAUUGACUGGCAAUUGGGUGCCGUGCGGUCGUACAGACAAAGACAAGACUGAUUUCCAGGUGACUGGCCUUCAGGCGGGAAAGUUCUAUCAGUUUAGAGUCAAAGCCAUUAACUCUGAGGGAGAGUCCGAACCUUUGUCUUCAACCGAACCGAUUUUGGCUAAGAAUCCGUACGAAUCGGCCAACGCUCCAUCAAAACCAGAUAUUGUGGACUGGGAUGAGAAACACGUAGAUCUUGUAUGGAAACCACCUAAAAACGAUGGAGGGGCGCCCAUCACAGGCUAUAUUGUCGAAGUAAAAGAAAAGUUUAGUAAUAACUGGGAACCAGUUGUUGAAACUAAAUCAUCGAAACCCGAAGCAUGUGUUGCAGGUCUUAUAAAAGGCAAAGAAUAUCAGUUCCGUAUCAAAGCUGUCAAUAAGGCCGGAGCCGGGGAACCGAGUGAACCAACAAAUACUCAUAUCUGUAAAGAACGUCAUUUGAAGCCAACGAUUAAUCGCGAAAAUCUUCAGCCAAUUACUAUCAGAGCUGGAAAUAUGGCUAAACUGGACGUUGAGGUGUCGGGAGAACCGCCGCCAAAAAUCGAAUGGUUUUUCGCUGGAAAGCCUUUAGAGGCCGACAAUAACACACGUAUCGAUAAUCCUGACUAUGAAUCACAUAUUCAGAUGAGAAAUAUGACGCGAAAACAGAACGGAAAGUAUAAGAUUGUGGCCUCUAAUGAGUCCGGAAAAGAUGAGGCAGAAGUCGAAAUCAAUGUAUUGGAUAUUCCGUCCAAACCCGAGGGACCGCUCGAUGUUAGCGAUGUUCACGCAAAUGGAUGUACUCUAGAAUGGAAUCCACCCAAAGAUGACGGAGGAGUUCCUCUCGAAGGAUAUGUCGUCGAAAAGAAAGACAUUAGUUCUGGUCGAUGGGUUCCAGUGGCCAAAGUACCGCCGGGACAGACAUCUACAGAAGUGACCGGUUUGGACACCGGAAAGAAAUACGAGUUCAGAGUUAAAGCCGUUAAUCCAGAGGGAGAGUCGGAACCACUGGACACCGAUCGCACAAUUCUGGCUAAGAAUCCGUUUGACGAACCGGGACCUCCAGGUCUACCAGUUAUUGAUAAUUAUGACAAAGAUUUUGUUGAACUCAAAUGGGAGGCACCCAUCAGGGAUGGCGGCGCACCCAUUACGGGGUAUAUCAUCGAAAAGAAAGACAAAUACAGUCACGACUUUGUUCCGGCCGCAGAAAUACAAGGAAAUGUAUGCAAAGGAAAAGUUAUGGGACUUACAGAAGGAGACAAAUACCAGUUCCGCGUCCGAGCCGUCAAUAAGGCCGGACCGGGAGUGCCGUCCGACGCAACUCAACCUCAUUUGGCUAAACCGCGUAAUUUGGUGCCACGUAUUGACCGAACAAAUCUGAUACCAAUUACAGUUAAAUCCGGACAAAUGGUGUCCUUUGACGUCAAUGUGACCGGAGAGCCGCCGCCGAAGAUUACGUGGAAACAUAAGGACUCGGAGUUGGCUUCGGGUGAAACAUAUACUAUUGAUAACAUUGAUUACAACACAAAAUUCAAUCUAAUGAGAGCCACGAGAAAAGAGACCGGAAUUUACACUAUAAUUGCUGAGAAUGACAGCGGAAGAGAUGAGGCAACCGUUGAAAUCAAUAUUCUUGGAAAACCAUCCAAACCUAACGGUCCUCUUGAAGUGAGUGAUGUACACAAAGAGGGCUGUAAAUUGAAAUGGAAACCACCCGAUGAUGACGGAGGAACUCCUAUUGAAUGCUAUGAAGUGGAGAAAAUGGAUGAAGAAACUGGUCGAUGGGUUCCGUGCGGUAAGGCUAAGGAUUGUCAGAUGCAAGUGUCAAAUCUGGUUCCCGGAAGAAAAUAUAAGUUUAGAGUCAGAGCCGUCAAUAAAGAGGGCGAUUCAGAUGAACUCGAGACGGAUCACUCAACUGUGGCUAAGAAUCCGUUUGAUGAGCCGUCAAAACCGGGACGACCCGAACCAACUGAUUGGGACAAAGAUCACGUAGACUUGCAAUGGACUCCUCCCGAAUCAGACGGUGGAGCGCCUAUUGAGGGAUAUAUUGUUGAGAAACGCAAGAAAGGCACUCAUAAAUGGCAUAAAGCGAAACAAACUCAUACUCCCGACACUAAGGUUACUGUUCCCGAUCUGGAAGAGGGAGAAGAGUAUGAGUUCCGUGUGAUAGCUGUCAACAAAGCCGGUCCGAGCGAACCGAGCGAGACUUCACGCUCUGUCAUCGCUAAACCUCGAAGAUUAGCGCCGAUUAUUGACAGAACAAACUUAAAGCCAGUAAUCAUACGAAGCGGACAACCCGUCAAAUUUGAUGUCGACGUCAAGGGAGAGCCGGCGCCGACUAUUCAAUGGACUUUCAAUGGCGAACCACUCAAGACUGAUGACACACAUAGCAUUGAAACCGAACCAAACCAUACAUUAUUUAUGCUCUCAAAAUCCAAACGCAAAGACACUGGAAGUUAUACCAUAACAGCUAAGAAUGAUUACGGAACCGAUGAGGCCGUUGUCGACGUCAAAGUACUGUCCAAACCAUCUAAACCUAAGGGUCCUCUCGAUGUCAGUGAUGUUCACGCAGAGGGCUGUCAUCUUAAAUGGGAUAAACCUGAAGACGAUGGCGGAGAACCCAUUACUGCUUAUGUCAUCGAAAAGAUGGACACCGAUACUGGAAGAUGGGUUCCGGUGACCACAACACGUGAACCCGAAGCAGACAUCACUGGACUUAUUCCAGGAAAAGAAUAUAAAUUUAGAGUUAAAGCUGUUAACAGUGAGGGAGACUCUGAACCACUUGAGACCGAUCUCGCAGUCAUUGCUAAGAAUCCAUUCGACGAACCGGGAAAACCAGGAAAACCUAAUGUCAAAGAUUGGGACAAACAUCACGUGGACCUGACCUGGAAUGCACCCGAUAGUGAUGGCGGCGCUCCAAUAACUUCAUAUAUUAUUGAAAAGAAAGACAAAUUCAGUACUAAAUGGCAAAAAGCGGCCGAAGUUAUUGGCGACAAAUGUGAGGCCAGAGUCGCCGAUCUCAUUGAGGGAAUGGACUAUCAAUUCCGUGUGCGAGCCGUUAAUAAAGCCGGUCCCGGACCGCACAGCGACUCCAGCGAUAGUGUUACUACAAAACCGAGAAACUUAAAACCAAAAAUAGAUAAUAUACGUGAUAUAACUGUUCACGCGGGACAACCCAUCAAAUUUGAUGUCAAAGUAAUCGGUGAACCGCCGCCUAAAACACUGUGGUUUGUAAACGACAGUCCCAUCAAAACGGACGGACACUUUGCAGUAGACAAUGAACCGUACAAAACAAAACUUGCAGUCAAUCAGUCCGAACGCAAGGAUACCGGUGUUUAUAAGUUGACGGCUGAGAACAGCAAUGGUAGGGAUGAAGUAGAAGUCCGGGUGACUGUUCUGGACGUUCCGUCGACACCGGAGGGACCGCUUGAGGUGACCGACGUUCACGCAGAGGGAUGUAAACUCAAAUGGAAAGAACCUAAAGAUGACGGUGGAGUUCCCAUUGAAGCCUAUAUUAUUGAGAAACAGGACACACAAACGGGACGUUGGGUUCCCGUGACGACCACUACACGACCCGAAGCUGUUGUUAAUAACUUAGAGCCGGGAAAGGAAUACAAGUUUAGAGUAAAGGCAUUGAACGCUGAGGGAGAGUCACUACCAUUAGAGACAGACAUUGGUAUUGUAGCCAAAAAUCCUUACGACACACCCGGCACUCCCGGAACACCUGAAAUGACUAACUAUGAUAAGGAUCACGUGGACCUUAAAUGGGAUAAACCAAUGAAAGACGGCGGCGCACCCAUCAGUGGUUAUAUUAUUGAAAUGAAAGAAAAAGACGGCACGCGUUGGGUUAAGGGAGCCGUCAUUGACGGUGAUGUCACUUCUGGACGCGUACCGGAUCUCAUCGAAGGUCAGACAUAUGAGUUCCGAGUGAAGGCAGUGAACGCCGCCGGACCGGGAGAGCCGAGCUCUGCAUCGAAACCCAUACUCGUUAAGCCACGAAAGUUGCCGCCAAAGAUUGACAGACGAAACCUAAUUAAUGUUACCAUAAAAGCCGGUCAAUCCUUCUCUUUUGAUGUCAACGUUAAGGGAGAGCCGGCGCCCGACACUGUCUGGAAGAUUAAGGACAGGAUUGUUACGGAACGGUCAACACUUAACAUACAGAAUAAACCUUAUAAUACAAAACUGAUUUGUGAUAAAUCAGAGCGAAAAGACACUGCUAUUUAUCACAUCAUUGCUACCAAUCAGUGGGGUCAGGACGAGGCCACUGUCGAAGUGACGGUCGUCUCCAAACCGGCCAAACCUGAGGGUCCUAUUGAAGUGAGUGACGUCAAUAAAAAGGGAUGUCAUCUCAAAUGGGAUAAACCUAAAGACGAUGGCGGAGAGCCUAUUGAAGGCUAUGUUAUUGAGAAACUGGAGCCCGAAACGGGUGCGUGGGUUCCGGUCGCCCGAUCACUCAUACCUGAAGCUGAUGUCACGGGUCUUACACCGGGAAAGUCAUAUGAAUUUAGAGUCAAAGCCGUCAAUAAAGAAGGAGAAUCGGAACCGCUUCAGACAGACUAUCCAAUUGUGGCCAAAGAUCCGUUCAACACUCCCGGCCAACCGGGAAGACCCGAACCAACCGAUUGGAACAAAGAUCGUGUGGAUCUUAAAUGGGAAAAACCAGACACCGAUGGCGGCGCUCCCGUCACUAGUUAUAUCAUUGAGAAGAAAGAAAAGGGAUCUCCAAAGUGGGUCAAAGCGGCCGAAGUGCCCGGCGAUCAAACCAAAGGAACGGCACCCUAUCUGGAGGAGGGAAAGGAAUAUGAGUUCCGUGUUAUAGCAGUCAACAAAGCCGGACCCGGAGAGCCCAGUGCUGCGUCCAAAUCGAUUGUAGCCAAACCCAGAUUCUUGGCACCAUAUAUUGACCGCAAGAAUCUCAAUAAUAUUACCGUAAAGGCCGGUCAGGCCAUCAAGUUUGAUGUGGACGUCGCGGGCGAACCGCCGCCAACUAUUGUCUGGCACUUGAAUGACGAACCAUUGACUACCAGUGCACACAUGAAAAUAGAUAAUGAAGAAUAUAAUACCAAACUGUCCACUCGUAACGCCACGAGAGCCGACUCCGGAAAGUAUUUAAUAACUGCGACCAACAGUCAGGGCAAAGAUCAGGCGUCAGUCAAUGUACUGGUCGUUGAUGUGCCCACACCUCCUGAGGGACCCUUAGAUAUUAGUGAAGUGAACAGUGAUACCUGUAAACUGAAGUGGAAGAAACCCAAAGAUGACGGCGGACUUCCUCUCGACGGAUAUUUUGUCGAAAAACUCGACACAGAUUCUGGUGUUUGGGUUCCGGUCGGCAAAUGCAGAGAACCACAGAUGGAAGUGUCGGGACUGACGCCCGGAAAACAGUAUAAGUUUAGAGUAUCGGCCGUUAAUAAAGAAGGAAUGUCUGAACCAUUGGAGGCAACAGAGGCUCACGCAAUGGUUAACAAACCUAUCAUUGAUGUCGACGCUGUUCGUGACAUUACAGUCAAAGCUGGACAAGACUUUUGUAUUAGUGUUCCUUUCACUGCGAGUCCCAAACCGACUGCCAGUUGGGCUUACAAUGGCAAAGAUGUCGACUCAGUUGACACACAUUUCAUGCAGAAAACAACCGACAAUAACGCACAGUUGGUUUGUACUAACGCUCAGAGAGGAGAUACCGGAAAAUUUAUGGUAACUCUGAAGAAUUCUCACGGUUUCGAUACCAUCACAUGUAAUGUCAAAGUACUGGACAGACCGUCUCCGCCACAAAAUCUUAAGACUGAAGACAAUGAGGGCGAGUCAUUGACAUUGAAAUGGUCGCCACCUAAAGAUGACGGCGGCUCUGAUGUCACCAAUUAUGUGGUCGAGAAACGAGAGGCCGGUUCUAACACUUGGACUAAAGUUAGCAGUUAUGUCAACGGAACUAAUCUUAAAGUAAAACAUCUGACAGUUGGCCGUAAAUAUGAUUUCCGAGUGAUGGCUGAGAAUCAAUACGGAACCAGUGAUCCGAUACAAACUGAUGAACCAGUUUUGGCUAAAUAUCCAUUCGAUACGCCCGACGCUCCCGGAGUUCCCAAAGCUAUUGACACGAGUGACGAUUCGGUUACACUUAAGUGGACUAAACCUCGCAAUGACGGCGGAUCACCCAUUACUGGGUAUGUCCUCGAAAAGCGUAAGGUUGGCGAUAAAGACUGGACUCGCAGUCACGUCGGCACUAUUGCUGACCUCACUUACAAAGUUUCGGGACUUAAAAACAAUGAGGAAUAUGAGUUCCGAGUGGCCGCACAAAAUGCCGCCGGUCAGGGAGCUUUCAGUUAUGCCUCCGAUGCCAUUAUUGCUCGCCGACCGCCAACUGCACCCAAAAUCGAUGCCGACUUUACAUUGAAAGACAUUGUUGUGAUGGCUGGCGAACAGUUCAGUCUUAGAGUACCAUUUAGUGGUUCGCCGACACCGAAGGUUGAAUGGACUGCAAACGGAACCGUUAUUUUGCCGGACGAUAGAGUGACCUCAGAAGUGAACGAGAGUUUCACAAUUUUGCUCAACAGAAAAGCCAAACGCGAAGACAGCGGCAAAUAUGGCGUCAAAUUGACUAACACUGAGGGAAGUGAUUCAUCCUUCUGUAAAGUACUGGUCGUUGACGUUCCCGGUGUACCUCAAGGACCGCUUGAAGUGAGUGAUGUGACGCCUGAGACCUGCUCUUUGACGUGGAAACCACCGCUCGAUGACGGGGGCAGUCCUAUCACUAAUUACAUCAUCGAAAAACAGGACCAAACAACUAAACAAUGGAUUAAAGUGAGCGCUUUUGUACGCAAAUGUCAUUACGAAGUGAUUGGUUUGGAACCAAACAAAGUCUAUCACUUCCGAGUAAGUGCUGAGAACCAGUACGGCGUCAGUAAACCACUUGAAACGGAUCGACCCAUUACUGCUAAGUUUCCGUUCAACACUCCCGACGCACCCGGAAAACCAACGAUCACUGAUUCCACCAAAAAUACGGCGAGUCUUAGUUGGGAACGACCGUACAGUGACGGCGGUUCCAAAAUACAGGGCUAUUGUGUGGAAUACAAGGAACCGACUGAUAGUAAAUGGCUUAUUGGCAAUGAAUUUCUUGUCAAAGACACCAACUUUACAAUCGGUGGACUCAUUGAAGGCAAAGAGUAUGAGUUCCGUAUUAAAGCCAAGAACGCCGCCGGUUGGGGUAAACCGAGUCCGCCGUCGGCCACAUUCAGAAUGAAGGGUAAGGGAGCCGAACCAUCGCCGCCGCAGAAUCUUCACGUCAAGAAAGUUGGUAAAACAUAUGUCGACCUCAAGUGGGAACCGCCGCGAAGUGACGGCGGAUCCAAAAUUACUGGUUAUGUUGUCGAACGUAAAGAACAUAACAGCAGUUAUUGGAUAAAAGUUAAUGAAUACGGAUGUCUUGAUUGUGAAUAUACUGUUCUCAAUCUGACCACUGAUAAUGAGUAUGACUUUAGAGUCAGUGCCGUCAACAGCUCCGGUAAGAGUGAGCCGUGUCUUAUGAGUACAUCAGUCAAAGUACAGGAGAUCACCGGCGGAGCCAAACCAGAGUUUGUACGCAAACUAUUCAACAAAAACACUACUCUUAAGUCAGAGAUGACACUCGAGUGUGAAGCCAUAGGAAAACCGGUGCCCACAAGCAGAUGGUUCCGCAACGGCAGAGAACUUCACGCCAGCGGAAGAAUCAGAUCAGUCGAUACUGAAGAAGGAGUUUUUAAAUUAAUAUUUUCCGAAGUCUUGGAUACAGACGAAGGCGACUACACUUGUGAAGCGGUCAACGCUUUGGGCACCGAUAGGUGCAGUGCUUCGGUGACUAUUGCAGCGCCGCCUCAAAUCAUUAAGUGUCCGAAUGAAGUGUAUUUCCCAGAAAAAGACAACUCAAAGAUCAAGAUAUAUCUCUCGGGUUUGUCUCCAUUCGAUGUCUCGCUAUAUAAGGACGGACUCGAAGUCAAAGAAUCGGAUCACUUGAGGUUCACUGUAUUCGACGAAUAUUUGAUUAUAUUUUUCAAAGAUGUCAACAAAUCGGAUGAAGCGAAGUAUAAGAUUAUGGUUAAGAACGACUCCGGACAGACUGACGCUACAGUUCAGGUGUUUGUCACUGGACUGCCCGGUAAGCCAACCGGUCCUCUGGAUGUCACUGAUAUCAACAAGAAUUCGGCGACUAUUUCGUGGAAACCACCGAAAUAUGACGGCGGAUGUAAAAUAACACAUUAUAUCAUUGAACGAAAAGAGACGACACAUAAUCAAUGGGUUACGGCUACCUCUUUCUGUAAGGACACCACUUUUACGUGUCAGGGAUUGAAUGAGGGCGGAGAGUAUCUCUUCAGAGUUAUGGCCGUCAACGAGAACGGACAAAGCGAACCAUUAGUCGGCGAAAAUCCUAUCGUUGCUAAACCACCCUAUGAUAAGCCGUCGGCACCGGGAGUCCCAAAUGUAACCGAAAUUGGCGGCGAUUUUGUUAACCUUCAUUGGGAAAAACCACAAUCGGAUGGCGGAUCUAGAAUUCAGGGCUAUAUUGUCGAGAAACGAGAGACAGGAUCGGAAACCUGGCAAAGAGUUAACGUUGCGUACUGUCAUUCAACACAAAUCAAUAUAAUUAAUCUGAUCGAAGACCGACAGUACGAGUUCAGAGUGUUUGCCGUCAACGACGCCGGACUCAGUCCUUCUUCACAGAACACCGGAUCCAUUAAAAUCAAAGACCCGGACGCCGCCACUCCUCCAGAGUUUACUAUUCCACUUAAGAAAGUGAUAGCCGUCGAGAAUAAGAGCACACAAUUUACUUGUACUGUAACGGGUGUUCCCAAACCAACCAUUACGUGGUAUAAAGGAGUCCGAGAGAUAUAUGACGGCGGAAAGUAUAGUAUGAUUAAAGACGGCGACACUUAUACACUGACCAUAUUUGAAGUGUUCGGUGAAGACGCCGAUGAGUACGCGUGUCGUGCCGUAAAUAAAGGCGGAUCGCGAACUUCACGCGCAGAAUUGGUCAUCAAAACGGCGCCUAAGAUUAACGUUCCGCCGAGGUUUAGGGAUAUGGCAUGUUUUGAGAGGGGAGAGACCAUACAAAUUAAAAUACCGUUUACCGGUAAUCCUAAACCUAAAAUCAAAUGGACUAAAGAUGGAGAAGAGAUUGAAAUCGGCGAUCAUUUUGAUGUCGAGGUUAAGGAAAGGCACGCAAUUCUAACGAUACGAGAGGUAUCCAAACUGGACUCCGGGCCCUACACUAUGACUGCUGAGAAUGAAUUGGGUAUUGACUCGAAAAUUAUUAAUUUGCAAAUCAGUGACUGUCCGGAUCCGCCGCGAUUCCCAAUUGUCGAACAGGUAGGCGACGACUUCGUGACCCUCUCAUGGAAGGCACCCCUUUGGGAUGGGGGCUCAACCAUCACUAACUAUAUUAUUGAGAAAAGGGAACCAACAAUGGAUAGUUGGGUCCGAUGCGGAACCACCAGGUUUUUGAUGCAUCAGAUAACAGGACUUAACCCCAAUCGCGACUAUGAAUUCCGAGUGUUCGCCGAAAAUGUGUUCGGAAAGAGUGGACCGUCGGAAAAGACACAGAAAAUAACGACCAAACCAUCAGAAAAGGAUAGACGACGUAAAGGUUGGCAAACGGAUGACUCGGGUCGUAGAAUACGUGGAAAAGGAGAAAUGGUCAGCAAUUAUGACCAGUUUGUAUCCGAUUACGAAAAGACUGUUCCACACGCAGUAGAUAUCAAAACUUCUUCUGUUUACGACUUUUACGAUAUUCUUGAAGAGAUAGGAACCGGUGCUUUCGGUGUUGUCCAUCGGUGUCGGGAAAAGAAAACCGGACACAUAUUUGCCGCCAAAUUUAUACCAGUUUCGCAUCCGUUAGAAAAGUCAAUCAUUCGCAAAGAGAUCGAUAUUAUGAAUCAAUUACAUCACAUGAAACUGAUUCGAUUGCACGACGCCUUUGAAGACGACGAUGAAAUGGUACUCAUCUAUGAGUUUAUGUCUGGAGGAGAACUGUUUGAACGAAUCACUGACGAGGGAUACAAAAUGUCUGAAUCUGAAGCACAGCAUUACGUCCGACAGAUCAUCGAAGGCGUCAAACAUAUGCACGAGAAGAAUAUAAUUCAUUUGGAUUUAAAGCCAGAAAACAUAAUGUGUCAGAAAAAGAGUAGCAAUCAAAUCAAAAUCAUUGACUUUGGUUUAGCAACAAAACUGAAUCCACACGAAGUGGUCAAGAUAUCUACGGGAACGGCAGAGUUUGCCGCUCCAGAAAUUGCCGAACGAGAAGCAGUCGGUUUCUACACCGAUAUGUGGGCCGUCGGUGUACUCACGUAUGUCUUGUUAAGCGGAUUGUCUCCGUUCGCCGGCGAGAACGACAUCGAAACACUCAAAAAUGUCAAGUCUUGUGAUUGGGAUUUUGAUGCCGAAAAAUUCAAGAAUGUCUCCGAAGAGGCCAAAGAUUUUAUUAAAAAAUUGUUGACAAAAAAUAAAGACAAACGAAUGACAGCUCACGAGUGUUUGGAGCACCAGUGGCUCAAAGGAACUGAUGUGCCGACCACUCCAAUACCAAACCGUAACUACAUUGACAUUCGCGACCGAAUGCGUGCCAAAUACAGAUCGUGGUCUUCGGCAUUGUUGCCCAUCGGACACAUCGCUAACUAUAGCUCUUUGAGAAAAUUGAAAGAAGAAAAACACAAAAUGCAAGAGUUUUACUUUGACAGACGGGAAGCCGUCCCGAGAUUUGUUAUAAAACCUUUUUCGACUUUCGUUUACGAGGGACAGGCGGCCAGAUUCUCGUGUCGAGUCAUUGCGUCGGCGCCGCCAACACUAAGUUGGUUCCGCGAUAACAAUGAAUUGAAACAAUCAGUCAAAUUCAUGAAGAGAUACGAAGACAAUGACUUUACAUUUGUUAUCAAUCGGUGUAGACUUGAGGACAGAGGAGAGUAUAUCAUUCGCGCUGAGAACCACUACGGCUUCCGAGAAGAGCCCAUAUUUCUCAAUGUGUUACCCGUACCUAAAGACAUACCUCCCGUAAAAGUGGACGAACCGGUUCGUCGCCGUCGAGAACCAACGUUACCGCUCUGGGAGGAGCCCAAGGAUUGUGCGCCACAUUUCACAUUCCUGUUGAGGCCGCGUGUCAUUCAAGUAGGCUUUGGAGUCAAGUUCUUGUGUUGCCUUAACUCCAAGCCGUGGCCAGAGAUCACGUGGUAUAAAGACGGUCGUGAACUCAAUAAACGAGAUCAUACCAUAUCUUCAGCUGACGGCGUCUGCACUCUUACUAUCACUUCAACCAAAGUAGAAGACGCCGGCAAAUACACGUGUCGUGCGAACAACCAUUUAGGAGAAGCUGAGACCUCUUGUAAUCUCAUAGUCGAAGGCAAACGCCUGGUUCCUAACCAUUUGCCGGCACCGGUAACAAUUACCCCUCCCAUGUCAAGAAUACACACACCUAACCCUUAUUCUUCACCCUAUUCUUCAUCGGACUAUUACGGAGACUGACAUUUGUGCGCACAGCCCGUGAUUAUGGCUUUUCACAUACAAAGUGCAACACAUAGACUAUUAUACAAUUUUCAAUAGUUUUCAAAUUCAUUUGAUAUAUGUUUUAAUAUAUAUUAUAAAUAUAUUAUAUCAAU